UUUUCUCCCUCUUACGUUCUUUAUAUAUCAAAGGAUUUCGCAAAUUUCACUCUCCCUAUGACCCUAUCUGCCUCACACAAAAGGAAUUGUCCAUCAGUUGCCGUAGAAUCAAAGAAAAGUUGACAUCUGGUUUUUGAAGGAAAUGGAUACGUCAAACCCGGCGGUUUUCGUCAACAUGGAGCUACUAAGGAUGCACGUUGGCCCUAGGGUUCGGGCGGUUAUUCAGGUGUUGAAUUCUGACGGUGGUGGCACGGUGAUUGGAAAAUCGACAGAUGAGCAGCAGUUGGUUAUCAAAGGUCAUCCUCCUGGACCUCUUUCGACUUUUGUAGAGGUGAUCGGCAUUGCUGACAGUAAUCAAUCUAUUCGAGCUGAAUUAUGGACCAACUUUGGUGACAAUCUUGAUACAGCUAGCUACAAUCAAGUUUGUCAUCUUGCCAACGGGGAUUACAAACACCUUUUUAUUUGAGCAGUUAUGAUGAGUACGGUGUUGUGAGCUUGGAAGUAGCAUAUUAUCUUUCACAAUCUACCUCUCUACUUGGAUACAUGUGGAUAGAGCUAUACUGUAUUCAAGAAAUUAUUAUUAGUCACUUGCAAUUACUAUAUAUAUGGAAUUUAUAUAUUUGGUCUGCAAGAGUUACUAGUAUCUUGUGUUUAUUUGGUCUCAAUUGCUGUAAUUUUCUUCACAAGAAAUCAUUUUGGAAAGCCUUUUGGUUA